CAUCAUUCAUUAUUAUAUACUUUAAUAAUCGCCCGUAGGGUUAGGGGCAUACGUAGCAGGGUGCCAUCUCAACGAAUCCAAGGGAUCAGGAUGGUGAUUUUAGCGGUUUUUCUCGGACUUUUGGUGGCCGUUUCCGGCCAGUUUGAUGAUCCCAUCCCAAGAGUUGAUACAGUACCGGAUGACUGUGUGGCGUUCAAUGGCUUAGUGCCCUACGAAGAUUCCCCAGGUGGUGACUGUUGCCAUUUCAUUCAAUGCGACGCUUCAAAUGCAAACAAAACUGGAUUUCUAUUUAAAUGUGUCUACCCACUAGUAUGGAACAGAGAAAUUCCAGCCUGUGAUGAAGACACCAAUGUUGCUGGUGCUUGUAUCCACACUGAUUGUUCGACUGAACCUGAACCCAAACUGGGCUGUGUGAGUAAUGAGGCGAUCAAGGACGAGUUUGGACCAAAUUUUUGCUGUCUUGAGGGAGAAGAUGCAGUAUAUGAAGCAUUGAUUGACGUUUCUCCAGCAGAGUACAGAGUGCGAUAUGUUGAGGGAGAGUUCACAAUGGGCAAUGCUUUUGAUACAUUACGUUGCCCUCGUGGCCAACAGUUUAGCAGCGAAGAUUGUUGUUGCGAAACUGAAGUUCCUCACGUACCCGAGUGCGAAGAGGCAUUCUAUUUCCAAUCCCCGGGUGACGAUUGUUGUACAUACCAUCAGUGUUGGCCAAACAAGACCGGCUUCUGGGAUGUCACAUGUAUGGGAUCGGUAUGGAACCAGAAGAUUCUUAAUUGUGACGACCCUAGUCUUGUUGACGGAUGUGAGAAUGCUGACUGUAUCAUGGAAAUGACUGAGAAAGUUUGCCCCGACAAAGACGCUCUUGCUGCUGAGGGAAAAUGCUGUGCCCAAGGUCAAGUAUACAUCAAGGACCUUGAUGAUCCCUUCGAAGACGGAAGCGCAUUCUACGUCGGUGAUGAGCAGAAGUUUGAUUAUUUGGCUUUCUGUCCUGUCGGACAAGUGUUCCAAUUGGACUGUUGUUGUUGCUAUGGAAUGAUAUUGUACACUCCAGAAUGUGAUUGCAUUGAAUUCUCAUUCGAACCUGACUACUUGGACAGAGAUCAACUCCAGAACGUAUCAAUUAUCAACGGAGACGCUGUGGUAUUGGACACAGGUGAAUUGUGUGGAGCUAAUGUACUUGUAUUUGAUGGCGAUGAUGUUGCAACUGUCGAUUACUUUGCAAGAAAUGCUCUUGGUGGAGAUUUUACUUUCAGUUUUGCUGCCGAUGGCUCUGGAUCUCUUUUGAGCAAUGGCGCUGGUAGCGUAGCUCCCACACUCGAGUGUAGUGUUGGAGGAAGUUCUUCAUGCUCUUUUACGUUUGGUGGCGAACAAAUAAAUCUCAGUGGUCCUGGAGGGCAAUUUGUAACUGUUGUAAGAUCAGAAGAGGGCAAGUCUAUUUCCCUAUACGUCGAUGGUAGUUUGGCAGAUACUCAGCCUGCCGCUGGAAGAAUGGAUACUACUGACUGCCCAUUAAAGAUCGGAGAGGGAUUCGUAGGUGCUUUUGAUUCGUUGGUGUUUUGUACAUUCGCCUAUGACGAAGCACAGGUUAGCGGCCUGGCUAACUGUAAUGUAGCAUUUGAUGCCAGAGUUUCAUAAUUUUUUCUUGUAAGACGUCUAUAUGUGUACAAUAAAACAGAUUUAAGCUGUAGUAAA